AUGAGGCGGCCGACACGCUCUCCAAGAUCCGCAUCGUCCCGGCAGUCCAUUCCGUCCGGCGUCUCCCUCGAGCAUCUACACAAGCCGUCCGUCAAGCCGUCUCCGAACUCCGAGUCCAUCCACGUCCCAGCCGACCCGGCCGCGCCUCAACCCGGCCCGGGGACUGCUCCAGCCAACCCGGCCGCGCCUCAACCCGGCCCGGGGACUGCUCCAGCCGACCCGGCCACGCCUCAACCCGGCCCUAGGACUGUCGAACCCGGCCCGGGGGCUGCCGCCCCAGAGCCCGAAAUGGUGGUUGUCUUCGCCGUGGUGACGGCACCAUCCUGGGCCCUGCCCAUCUCGGAGUUGCUGGAGAACGGGGUCCUCCCCAUGGAUGAGACUAAAGCUCGGCAAGUGUAG